AUGCUUUUUUUAGCUGACGAGAUAGUAAAUGAACAUCUAUAUAAACCACGAUUCUUAUCUGGCUACAUUGAGGAGACAAAUUCGCUGGAUACUAUCAUGUCGCCCCAAAUUCUUUUAAUACUCUUCGCAGUGUUCGCUUCUUGUCUUCAAAGAAGUACUGCAAUGGAUUCUGACGAAUCGUUCAAGUCAUUGUUCGGAAUGCAAAGUCGGGACAGGCCACCGAGCAAUGACUCAGUCACAACGUCAGCAGAAAAUUCAGCAGAUUAUAUGUUACAUCUCCUUAAGAUGUUUGGUCCCAUCCAAGGAAACACUAUGCUUGGUUUCACAGAUAUUGAUGGCAAGAGCGACAGGCAUCUGAAAUUCAAUAUUUCAUUUCAAAGAACGAAAGUGCUGACAUUUGCUGAACUUCAGCUUUACAAACUUCCUCUCAAACUUCCCCACGAAAAUUUCACCUCGACAGCGUCAGUCUUCAUCUUCGACAUUCACAGUGGACAGCGGUUGUCAUCUCAAACUGUCUCCAUGGAGACAGUUGGUUGGAUAAACUUUACAUUACCAUUGGACGUCAUGAAUGAAUGGAAUGAAAAGCCAGAUCGAAACACUGGAAUCAAAGUGAACAUCAGCGACACAACGAUGUCACCUUUAAUCAGAUUUGCGACAAAAGAAAUAAACUCUAGUUUGGAAAUGCUUCUUCUCAUUCAUACCACGGAUCUGUCGAAAAGUUUCCCGAAACUGGGCAUCAAUUUCACACCCAUCGCUAACCCACCGAGGCGCAUGCGCAGGUCAUUACACCCCAAUCAUAAAGGACCUUGUGGGCGUCACGAACUGAGCGUGCAUUUUAAAGACCUAGGGUGGGAUAAGUGGGUUAUUGCCCCCAGUAAGUACUCAGCGUAUUACUGCGCAGGAAAAUGCAAAAAUGCUGACGUCAACAUAGAGACAACAAAUCACGCCCGGAUACAGUUAUUCUUAAGUGAACAUGACUCGAACCCGCCAGCUUCACCUUGCUGCGUCCCAGGCGAAUUAGGAUCCAUUGACCUGUUGUUCAACGGCGAACCAGGGCAAAGCACUUACAUUCUCAAGAAAAUGGAUGAAUUUGUAGUGAUGUCCUGUGCCUGUCUGUGACGACGCAAAACCAAACAGACAACGCAAAACCACAGCUCGCCCAAGACGAUUCUCUCCUUCCGCCAGGGGAGAGAAGAGCCACAGAAGAACUUAUUCUUAUGUUUCAGGCUGGCAAGAUGUUUUACUGAGUUGACAUCUUGUUACACAGGAUUUUUUAGACUUGUAGAUAUCGGACAGUCAACCAUCUACAAAUAUGACGGAGAAAUUCAAUUUGUUUUUAGCUGAAACUAAAAGUCGUGUAGAUGACUUUCGUGACGAUCUUAUCAGUAUAGCUUU